AUGCCCACCUCGUCACGACGCAACUCGCUGGCCGAGCUUCCCACCCCGCCUCCGGUGCCUGAGGUCACCUCCACUCCCGUGAUCGCAAGUCAGAGCCUACGAGACACGCACCUUCCCAAUUCUGCCCUCGAUCAGCCGACCAAAAUUGCCAACAUCCCACCCACUGACAGGAUAGUCACCAGACUCUCGCUUUCUCCUGAUCUCAGUAAGUUAAAAUCCACUUUGUGUUUUAGUACGACAUAG